AUGGACGUCAUGAACGGAGAAGUAGAAUCAAGCUAUGCUCAACACUCAUUCUUUACGCAAAAAGUGAUUUCCAUAAUCAAACCUGUAGUGGUAAAUGCAGUUCAUUCUCUGUUCUCAGAAGAUUUCCACCGGAAAAAAGUUCUCAACGUGGGCAAUCUCGGUUGCGCGGCCGGUCCGAACACGUUCUCCGUCAUUUUAACCGUGAAAGAAAGCUUGGAGAGGAAAUGCAAGGAGUUAAAUUGCCAACCGCCGGAGCUUCAGGUUUACUUGAAUGAUCUUCCUGGUAAUGAUUUCAAUUCACUCUUCAAAGACUUGUCUAGAGUCGGUGAAGAUCAAAAGAGUGAUGUUCUUCUUCCAUGCUUUGUGAUGGGAGCUCCUAGUUCUUUCCAUGGCUGCCUCUUUCCUCGCAGCUGGUUGUAUCUUGUUCAUUUCUCCUACAGUGUCCACUGGCUCUCUCAGCUUUUGUGCCCACAAGAUCCUAGGGGGCUCUACGAGAAGUAUGACCUUGGAAAUGAUCAGGAGCUACUGCCUCACACAAACUGUCUCAGGUUUCUAGACAAAGCAGCCAUCCUAACCCAAUCCCAAACUAUUGAGGAACAAGAGAACCAGAAAUGGAGGCUUUGCAGGAUCACUGAAGUGGAAGAAACUAAAAUAUUCUUCACAAUGAUUCCUAUGUUGAUGGCUUUUAUCAUAUGUGGAAUUGUCUCCUCAAUGGGGACCUCUUUUUUCCUAGAGCAAGCCAUGAGGAUAACUCAUAGAUUCAGUAUGAAGAUUGAUGCAAACCUGAAAGAGCCAGUGGACACUGUAGGAGGAAUGAACAAGAUGCAACCAGCUGCGAGGAAAGAGGCGGCCAUGGAAAGAACCAGGAGCUCCCAUCACAAAGCAUGGAAGAAGAACAUCACUCUUUUGAUCUUCACUGAAUCUAGACAAGUCUUUGAAGAGUGAAUUGAAAUCAUUAUCGGGAAGAUAGUUCAAGUAAACCUAAAGCUUUGGCGGUUGGCAAUUUAACUCCAUGCAUUUCCUCUCCAAGUUUUCUUUGACGGUUAAAAUGACAGAGAAAGUGUUUGAACCGGCCGAGCAAUCGAGAACAGCCACGUUGAGAACUUUUUUUCGCUGAAAAUCUUCUGAGAACAGAGAAUGAACCGCAUUUACCAGUAUAGGUUUGGUUAUGGAAGUCACUUUUUGCUGCACACGAUCAGAAGAUUGAAUCGAUCUAUAAAUAAUGUUGAUUAAAUAGAAAUUUGAAGCGAAAAUUGAUGUGCAAAAUGAUCUUGCGAUAACUAUAGAUUGAUAUGAUGAUUUGGAUGAAGUUUUCUUACAAACUAAGUUCUAUUUGUGAAUGAUUUUCCUUUUUGAACAGAAGAAAAUAACUUGAUGUUUGGAAAGUAGAACACGGCGUAAACGAGUUUGAUAAGGGAGAAAUUUGAAGCAAAAUUCUUGUGCAAAAUGAUUUUGAUUUAAUUAUAGAUUGAUAUAUGAUGAUAUGGAAGAACUUUCUGACAAAAAUAAGUUGAUGUAUGGAAAAUAGAGCACACCGUAAAGAAUGCGUGCUGAGCAUAACUUGAUUCUACUUCUCCUCCGUUCAUGAAAAGUGUUUCCAUCACGUCCAUUCUCUCUCUCUCUCUCUCUAGCAAUCAGGGAUUGGUGAUUAGGAUCGAGGGCUCAAAGUGCUAAUUAAAUUCUAC